UUGCUGCUGCUCUCUCUCAUUUUAAAGCCCAAUCCACUUGCCCAAAAUUUGAACAGCCUGCUCUAUCGCCAUUUUCCCUCCCAAUGCACGCCGAUGGGAAAGUAAACAAGAAACUGGAAACAAGAGCACACCCACCAAGUGCUCUACGAAAUGCCAAAAGAGAGAACUUCCAGAAAAUCCACCACUUCCACUACCGCACAGUUACAGCAUAAACUAACCACUCCUCUACGUCGGUCCAACAGAUUAAUCCAUCAACAGCGCUAUCUGAAUGCUGAAAACCCAAAACUUUCCAACAUUCACGCAGAUAACAAGCAAAAAGCAUACAAGGAGCUGAGAAAAUACGAUGGAAAGCCAUCGAUUGGCACGAAUCCCGUUCUUGGGUUGAGAAGAUCUCCGAGGUUUAGUAAGAGGGUGGAGGGCGUUUCAAAUAUUCGGCGGUCUUUGAGGCUUUCUUUACUGGGAAACUCUGCUGCGUGUAAUGAGAAGAGUGAGCAUGAUAAGUCGAAUAUGAGCAGUGAGAGUGAGUCAAGCAAACUCAGACAUUCUGCUUCACAUAAAUCAACGAGUAGCAAGUCUAACAAGAAACCUAGCAAUCGUGUUUUGGAUAAAUCUACAGAUUAUAAGGCGGUCUUGCUGAAUAAAGAAAAAGAGAAAGUAGGUUCGGAUUCGUGUGAUGAGAUUGUGCAGAGAAUUGACAGGAGGACUCAGGGUUGUGAUUUUGAGGUGGUCAUGGGACUUAAAGCAGCCCAAGGGAAAUUUGCUUUUGAAAGAAGUCAAGGGAGUAGGGUUAUUAGGAAGAGGAAGAGAGAAGAAGAUAGUUACGGAAGUGUUAAAGGGUGGACAAGGGAGCAAGAAGUGGCAUUGCAGAAAGCUUAUUUUGCUGCCAAGCCCACUCCUAAUUUCUGGAAGAAGGUUUCUAAACUGGUGCCUGGAAAGACAGCUCAAGAUUGCUUUGAGAAAAUUCACUCUGACCAUAUAACUCCACCUCAACCUUUGCCUCAAUCAAGGACGAAGAGAAUGAGCUCAUCGCCCCUGGGAUGUUUUUCUCUCUCUGCUGGCAAAUUGCUUAGCCCUUCUGAUUUGAUGGUUAAAAGGUCAACUUGUUAUAAACAGAAAAGUCGUAUUGCACAGAGAACUGUUAGACAAUUGCUGCAAAAGCAUAACCGCAAGGACCAGAAUUAUGAAGCAGACCUAUUCUCCAUUCUUGAACCCAAUGUGAAUCCAUCUGGACAUGGUUCUCAGCAGAAUGAUGUUUCCACCCCACAGCAUUUACAAGAAAAACAGGGAUUUCUUCAGAAGUGCCAUGAGAGAUGUUCUGGUCAGAAAAAGCCACUCUCUAGAUUUAGAAGUUCAUGUUGGACAGACCUUGUUAGUCCCCCAGUACUGAAGCAGGUAAAAAACAGGGCCUUGCAUGAGAAAUAUAUUGACCAGUUACAUUGCCGGGAAGCUAAGAGAAAGGCAGCAUGUGCACGAGCAGGAAAAGAGAAUAGAGGGCAGGCCAAUGUUCAGAAAAUAGAUGUGGUUAGAGCAGCAAAAAAUGCCUUGGUUUCUGAUGCAAGAGAUGCUAUUAAUAAGCUCCAAGAUCUGCAAACUGAUGUGAAGGGCGACUCUACCGAUUUAGACGAGGAUAGAGUCAUUAACAGUGAUGAUGAAAUUGAUGGUUUCUGACAUUGUUCUAAGAAUGAGCAGUGGUAACAAUAUUCUACUAGGAUUUUAAAAUUUCAAAUGUGUAAAUGCUAAUUCUUUGAUCUCUGUUUUAGAAAAGGAACCUUCAUCUGAGUCAGCGGUUAAAGUUGAGGAGUUUUUCCCAGUUUAACUAGUGUCCUUGGGAGACAUCUGAUAUCAAGGUUUGCUAAUUAAAUCAAGCAAACUAGGACUUAUCACUAUAGAACCUGAGCAACUUUGAAAUAUAAUGUUUUAAAUAUGUGAUUCUUUAAGAUUUUAAAUGAAUUCUAGGAAAACAAAUGAGUCCUUAAGAAUUUAUUAGUAAUUUAAUGUUUGUCUUUUAUG